CCCGAAGAUGUUAGCUGUAGUUAUGAUCAUAAGAUGACAAGUGGCGCCCGAAAGGCCCAAUCCAGUCUUCCCUUAUGAGCACCCUCCCCAUUUGUCCUCGACCGUGCGACCCGACACCGGUCUUUCAUUUCUUUCACGUAGCGUCCUGUUUUUGGAGUAGGACAUCGAUUCUGGUGCAAGAGGUGACUGCUUUCCUGAGCUUAGAUUUGGGAGCUGAUCAGUGCUUUAAGGGAGUUCUGUAGUACAGUAGCGGAUCUUGGUAUUUGUUUGAUAAGCUUCGGACUGAGAAGGAAAUUUGAAGGUUGAAGAUGGCUGAGGUGUUGCCUGCUGGAGAUAAGAUUCGGGAUUAUGACUCAAGAGUGGACCCCGAUGCACCCAAAUCCGUUGCACAGGAGGAAGCAGAGAAGCGACGAAAAAGCCAUAGCCUCCUAAGAUACUUCUCCAUCAUACAAAUCCACGUGAUCACGCUCGUCUUUACUCUCGCCUCAAGUGGACUGGUCCCGCUAGAGGACCUCGCAUUUGUGGCCUUCACAACGCUCUACCUGGCCUUCAUGAAUGCCACCAUUUUCAAGCCCGUGACGAAAGGACCCCCUCCUAAUGUCAUGGCCGGCAGCAACUGGGUCCAGAAGUACGCCCUCUUCGCGGCCGGCGUCGGUCUCGUGGCGCCCUCGAGCUACGUCCUCGGCAGCUUCGUGCACGGCGACCAGAGAGCCUUGAAGGCCACUGCACCCCAUCUGUUCCUCCUCGGCUGCCAGAUCUUGACAGAGAACGUCACCUUCAGGAACAACAGGGUGUCGCUGCCCACGCGCGCCCUGGUGCCCAUCUUCUACAACGUCCGGCGCUUGUUCACCAUCGUGGAGUGGGUGAAGGUGGACUUCCACAAGGGGGCCUCAGAGAGCAUGGGCAUGCACGGCGCCGACCCAGCAGGCCCCAUCUCCCCGCACCACUGGAUCCUGAUGGGCAGGUACCUGGCCAUCGCCAACCUGAUCGUGUGGGCCUUCAACCUCUUCUUCUUCCUAAUCCCAGUGUUCUUGCCCAGGACCUUCAGGAAACACUACGAGUUGGAUGCUUCGGCGUCGAAGACCAAGGCCAAGGAUGCCGACUUCGACAACGCCACCAGCACCGACUUCUAGACACACACUCUCACCGCCCAGCUUCCAGCUCUGGUGAUGCUGAUAAGCUUGCUUGCUCUUGGCUCCGAUUCUUUCACGAUGUGGGGAGCUUCAUGCAUUCUCUCAUAGUGGCUUUUUGCCCUAUUCUGCAUCAAUUGAAUGCUCCGUUUUCCGGGCUCGCAAUUCGUGUCACGGCUGCUGCUGCUGCUGUCGGUGAUUCUCGGCGUUUUGUGCGCUUUGCUACUCGAGAAUGCAUCGGCGUUCUCAGCUCUGGAAGAAUGCUGUAAAAUGAAGCGAGAGGUCUGUGUAUUUUGAAUUAGAGAUAGAUAUGUGUUUUGAGUCGCAUGUAGUGAACAUCACGGUUUUAAACUUUUUGACUCCGAAUUUUUGGCUUUCAAAUGCUGGGAAAAAUCGAAAUAAUUUUACUCACUUUACUUUGAUUAUGCAAUAAAAGAUGUUUAAAUUCAUAUAUAA